CUAAACCAAGAACGUCGUUUUGUGUUCUCUUCCGUUGUUCAGGCGCGUGCGCACGUUAGCGGUAAAAAUGCGCCGGCCAUCGCCAAAAUUAACUGAUCGGUGGGUUCGCUAACGUGCGCCGAUUUGUGAUAUGCGCUAACGUUUAGAAUCGCGAUCUGGUUGUGCUCUUAGCCCACCCGCGCACAGUAGAGCGCAGAGCUCUUUGUUUGCUUGUGGUGCGCACGAAGCACGAAGAUAUUUGAGAUUCACUUUGCUCUUUUUUUUUUUUUUUUUUUUUUUUUUUACGUGAUGAGCCUCAUAUGAAUACAGAAUACGAUGAACAAACUCUCUGAGACUCUACAGACAAAACUCACAGAAAAAAUAGUUUUUCCAAAUCCCGAAAUGCCCCCUACAAAAUUGUCGAAAUUACAUCGUUACUCCGAUUAGUCAUCCAAUUUCAGGAUGUUUUGUCGGGGUAGUAUCGUCAUUUAGGGUCAAAAUGUUUCCAUUGCUUAGAUCGAGUCAUUUUUCUUUUUUCAGUGGACUUUAAUGCAACUGGAUGUUUCUUUUGCUCUCUCUCAGUCUGCGACUGUUUCUCUGUUUCCUUUCUCCCGGGCUCUCUGAAAUUUCAGAUUUUCGCUGCAGAUUGCCAUUUUCUUGAAAAUUAAUAAAAAAAAGAAAAAAAAAUCCAUUUUUCUUUUUGUUUAUUUAUUAGUAUUUGCUCAGACAGCUUUUAUUCCGAAACUACCCAUUCAAUGGCUCUGAACCCUGUUACGAACCUGAGGUCAAAUUGGUCAUUUUGACGCACCGUCCGGUGAUUUUCCUCUAAUAAUUUGUGUUUUUUCUGUUUUCCUUUGUUUCCGAGAUUCCCGGGGGAAAAUUUCACUACCCUUUCUUCUCGUUUGAUUUGGAGACCAUGCAUAUGAUGGGAUCCAAACCCGUACUGGACCGUAUGGACAUAAUGGGAGGUUCAACAUCAGCAAGUCCAUGCUCAUCAUACCAACCAAGUCCAUGUGCUUCCUACAACCCAAGCCCCGCCUCAUCUUCCUUCCCAAGUCCCGUCUCAUCCCACUACAAAACAAGCACAAACAACACCAAUCACGACCCAAAUUCCCUAAUCCCAUGGCUCAAAAACCUCUCGUCCUCAGGCUCAUCCUCGGCCACAUCCAAAUUCCCCCACCACCUCUUCGUCCACUGCGGCUCCAUAAGCGCUCCCGUCACCCCUCCACUCAGCUCGCCAACCUCAAGAACCCCCAGAAUCAAAUCCGACUGGGACGACCGCCCCAACUGGGCCGGGCCCACCUCCUCAUUUCUACCCUCGUCCACCCCACCAAGCCCAGGUCGCCAGGUGCUGCCGGACUCGGGGUGGCUUGCUGGGCUUCAGAUACCACAAAGUGGGCCCUCCUCGCCGACUUUCAGCCUUGUCUCGAGAAAUCCAUUUGGGUUUAAGGAAGAGGCCAUGUCUGGUGGAGGGUCGAGGAUGUGGACGCCUGGGCAGAGCGGGACUUGCUCGCCGGCGGUGGCUGCGGGGGCUGAUAACACGGCGGAUGUGCCGAUGUGUGAUGGGAACAUGGCUGCUGAGUUUGCGUUUGGGUGUAAUGCGAUUGCCACGGGGGGGUUGGUCAAACCUUGGGAGGGUGAGAGGAUCGAGGAAUGUGUGUCUGAUGAUCUUGAACUCACGCUUGGGAACUCUAGGACCAGGUCAGUUGGUAUUAGUAGCUCCAUUUAUUUAUUUAUUUAUUUUUUCUUGCAACACAUAGCUCAAAUGAUAUUACAUCGUUUAUUAUUCCUACUAGGUUUUAUUAUGAGUUAACUCCAUUGAUCAGAAUAUUAUGGUAGGCUAUGAAAAGAAAAGUAA